AUGGUGACGUCACGACCCCUGUGGCCGGAUGUGUUCGUGUGUCCGUGGACGGGGAUGCAGAGAGACCGGUUUGGAGUGGUACGAAGGGUCGGUCACCCAUACCAGAACCGAACUCCGCCCAAACGGAAGAAGCCAAGAACGGCAUUCACACGUCAGCAAGUUCUGGAGCUGGAGAAAAGAUUCACCAGACAGAAGUAUCUGGCGUCUGCUGAACGUUCGGCGCUGGCCAAAACUUUGAGCAUGACGGACGCUCAGGUUAUAUUAUGUAAAGCACAAUGUCUGAUGACCUUCACCUUUUGUUUACCAGACGACAGACUGCAGAAGAACGAGAAAUUGAGAGACAAGCCGCCCACAAGUUUCUGCUCAGCCUCCGUCCAGAAGAUUCCAGCCGGCCGGUCUGCUGCGGCACCGAACCUGCGACACACUGACCUGACACGUGACACGCCAGGUCAAAGGUCAGACGAAGGUCAGAAAUCAUGGAUUCGUUGGCACAAGUCAGUCAGCAAGAAGAUAUAA